AUGGCUACCGCUCAGCAAGCGAGCGAGCUGAAGCAGCAGGGCGCCGUUGAUGCUGCUCGCGACCCCGAAUCCUCAGUCACGGCGAACGAUGCCCAGAGGAAGCUGGUGGAGGAGAGCAGGAACGCGGGCGUGGCCGCUUUCACAUUCGACCCAGACGCGAGUCCGGAGGAGAAGAAGGCUCAGGCUAAAGCUGCCAUGCCCGACGAAUUGCGCCGCCCACACAGGCCAAAGGGAGUCGCCAUUGCUACCGACGUCGACGAUGGCAGCAAGGCUGCCUACGACCUUCCGCCACCCUCCAAAGCAGGCGUCGUCGAAUUCGAACACGACAAGGAUGGGAAGCUCAUACCCGGCGGCAAUACGGCUGUGGAGGAGGAGGACUUGGCUGCAAAGGUCGGAUGGACCCAGCGCUAUGGUUGGCCUGUCGACAGUGUCACGGCUGGCGACAGUAUGCUGGAUCAUACCACCUGGUUGGAAGGCCAGGUACCCGACAAGUUCUUCGGCGACUGGUACCACAACGCCGCUAUAAUUGGCUUUGCCUGCCUCUCUUCUUGGCUGGUUGCUGUGCUUGGGGGUGGCUUGGGUUGGGUCAUCAUAAUCAUGGCAUGCUGCUCAACCUACUACCGAACAUCUAUCAGGCGAGUCCGACGGAACUUCCGUGACGAGAUUACCCGCGAGAUGGCUCUGAAGAAGUUGGAUACCGAUCAUGAAUCUCUGGAAUGGAUCAACUCGUUUUUGGUCAAGUUCUGGCCCAUCUACCAACCAGUCCUCGCACAGACUAUCAUCAACUCGGUUGAUCAGGUCCUAAGUUCUGCCACCCCAGGCUUCCUCGACAGUCUGAAGCUCAAGACAUUCACUUUGGGAUCCAAACCCCCGAGAAUGGACCAUGUCAAAACUUACCCAAAGGCCGAGGACGAUACCGUCGUCAUGGACUGGAAGUUUAGCUUCACCCCCAAUGAUACUGCCGACAUGACCGCCCGCCAGUUAACCAACAAGAUAAAUCCCAAGAUCGUUCUCGAGAUCCGAAUCGGUAAAGCCAUGAUCAGUAAGGGACUGGAUGUCAUUGUUGCUGACAUGGCAUUCUCCGGCAUCAUGCGUCUCAAGGUCAAGCUCCAGUUCCCGUUCCCUCACAUCGAGAAAGUGGAGAUGUGCUUCUUGGAGCGCCCUACUAUUGACUACGUCUGCAAACCCCUCGGCGGUGAUACUUUCGGCUUUGACAUCAACUUCAUACCGGGCUUAGAGAGUUUCAUUCUGGAACAGAUACAUGGUAACUUGGCUCCGAUGAUGUACGCCCCCAAUGUCUUCCCAAUUGAGGUUGCAAAGAUGCUUGCUGGCUCGCCCGUCGAUCAAGCCAUCGGCGUGAUUGCGGUCACUCUCCACGGUGCGCAAGGCCUCAAGAACCCCGACAAUUUCGCUGGUAACCCCGAUCCCUAUGCCGUUGUCACCUUGAGCAAACGCGCGCCUCUGGCCCAGACCAAGACUAUCAAGGACACCCCCAACCCGCGAUGGAAUGAGACGCAUUAUGUUAUCAUCACUUCUUUCACCGAUUCUCUUGACCUAAUGGUCUACGACUACAACGACUACCGCAAGGACAAGGAGCUCGGCGUGGCCUCCUUUCCACUUGAAAGAGUAGAGGAGCUGAAUGUGCACGAGAACGAGCGCCUGGAGGUCCUGGCACACGGCAAGGCUCGUGGUGUAAUCAACGCCGACAUUCGCUUCUUCCCUGUCCUGGAACCAACCCAGGUUGAAGGUGGUCUAGAGCCACCGCCGGAGUCUAACACCGGUAUUCUGCGAUACACUAUUGAGCAAGCAAAAGAUCUUGACGGUACCAAGAGUCUGGUCGGCCAGCUCAGCCCAUAUGCCAAUUUGCUAUUGAAUGGCAAGGAAAUUCACCAAACCAAAAAGCUCAAGCGCACCAACAAUCCCAUUUGGGAUAACGGAUCCAAGGAAAUUCUCAUCACCGACCGCAAGAAUGCGAAAUUGGGUCUUGCUAUCAAAGACGAACGGGAGCUUGCUGGCGACCAGCUCAUCGGUACCUACCAAAUCAAGCUAGAUGACAUGCUCGAGAUGAUGGAGAAGGGUCACGAUUGGUACAACCUGUCUGGAGCCCAAACUGGGAAGGCAAAGCUUACUGCGCAGUGGAAGCCAGUGGCAUUGUCCGGGGUUCUGGCAGGAAGCGGCGGUUACCAAUCUCCUAUUGGCGUUAUGCGUCUGCAUUUCAAGAAUGCCCAUGACCUACGCAACUUCGAAACGAUGGGUAAGUCAGAUCCAUAUGUCCGUGUGCUCCUCUCGGGCAUUGAGAGAGGCCGGACUGUAACGCAUCGCAACACUCUGCAUCCCGAAUGGGACGAGGUCGUUUAUAUCCCCAUGCACUCUCCUCGAGACCGUCUCUCGUUGGAGGUCAUGGACGCUGAAAAGAUGGGCAAAGAUCGUAGCCUAGGACUGGUCGAGAUCUUUGCCGGUAACUAUAUGGAACAGGACGACAGUGGGGAGUGGCUUGUCAACGAUCAAAAGAAAACACACCAAGAAGGCCUGCGGCUACACGGCAAGGGCAUCGCAAAAGGCACUUUGACAUACACCGCGUCUUUCUACCCUUGCUUGAACAUAGCUGAUCCAGAGGACGACGAAGAAGCCCAAGAAGAGGAGGCGGCCUCCGAGGCGCCGACACAAACUCUCGAUGUCCCUCGAUCUGUAGAGGCUGGCAAGUUUUCUGCUACGCUUGAGAGGAUAGACAGUCGUAAUGAACCGACCACCCCGACAUCGCCGACCAUGCCCAAGUCGCCUGUCUCUCCGAGCUCAGCACUGUCAGGCCGGAAAUCUCGUGAUGCCCCGAGGGAACCGCCCAAGGUACAUCUUUCGCCUCAGGAUUUAUUGAAGCACGAGUCCGGCUUUCUCGUUUUCAAGCUCCUCGAGGGCGAAAUGCCCAAACAUGGAACGCAUCUCGAAAUUUACGUGGACGACAUGUUGUAUCCUUCCUACAUCUCGGGCACGGCAAAGAAGAGGAGCUUCAAAUUCGAUGAGAUAGGCGAUUGCUUCAUCCGCGAAUUAGAUUUCUCACGGCUCACCCUCAAGGUGAGGGAGAAGCGGGAGAAGCCAGGUGAAGAGCGAGAUGAGGAUCAUACCGUGGCUCGUCUGACGGGCAACACUCUAGACACCCUCAAACAAUGUCUGAAUAACCCGACCGUCUUGAAGCUCAAGGACGAAGAAAACAGAACGGCCACUGUCAAGGUCAGCCUCAAGUAUAUUCCAGUCAAGAUGCAGCUCGACCCAAGUGAGAGCAUCAACAACAUGGGCAACCUUCGUGUCGACGUAUUGGAUGCUGCAGAUCUGCCCUCAGCAGAUUCCAACGGAAAGAGCGACCCCUACUGCAAAUUCGAGCUCAACGGCCAAGACGUGUUCAAGACGAAAACCCAGAAGAAGACGCUGAAUCCGGUUUGGAACGAGUUCUUUGAGGUUGCCGUGCCAUCACGAACGGCGGCCAAGUUCCACCUCAAGGUCUACGACUACGACUUCGCAGAUAAGCCAGAUUUCUUGGGCGGCGCAGACAUAAACCUUGAGCAGCUUGACCCAUUCAAAGCUCAGGAAGUCAAGUUACUCCUUGAUGGGAAGUCCGGGUCGAUCAGAUUACGACUUCUUUUCCGACCUGAUUACGUCACCCGAUCACGACUGGGCACUGGUACAUUUUCUGGAACGUUUGGCGGCCCGGGCAGGAUUGUCACGGGCGUCGUUGGUGCACCCGUGAAAGGUGGCGCGGCGGUAGCUGGCGUUGUCGGACACGGUGUCGGGAAGGGGGCGAGCUUUAUCAAGCGCGGCUUCCGGGGCAAGAAAGAGGACGAGGUCAACGGUUCUGCCCCGUCACCAAGCAAUUCCGACAUCCCAUCAAUCGUGACCAGUAGUUCCGACGCACCUGUACCCGGUUCUGGGCUCAAGCGUUCCACCGGACUGGGCGUCGAUGGCGAGACCGCUCCACCAGCGACACCGAAUGGGAGAUCACAUGCGCGAACGUCCAGCAUGGGCGCCAUGUCCGUUCGCAGUAUGGCGCCUGGUGGUCCCGGCCAUGGAGCAGCUACAUUUACGGUCUUGUCGGCGUCGGGAUUUCCCCCUUCGUCGGACGUUUAUGUCCUAAUCCGGCAAUUGACCCCCAAGGAGAAGACUGUGGGGAAGACUAAGCAUCACGAAGGGGUCGACACGAUUGAGUUCAACGAAACAUUCAAGUAUACCUGCACAGCCGACACGCAAUUCCGCGUCGAGGUCAAGGGCCAUCACACGUUUGGUAGUGAUGACGAUCUAGGCGACGCUUUGUAUUUUGUUGACGAGAGUGGCACGGGGGAAAAGGAGCUGAAGGUUGGAAGUGGGACGGUUGUCUUGAAGAGUAGUUUUGUGGAAGCUAUCUCGGACAGCCCUCGCAGCGUGAAACCAGGCUCCGGGAUAAGGAAGAGCUUCUUGGGCAAGCCUAGGCCGAGCACGAGUAGGGAGGGCACGCCCACAUAG